AUGUCUUCUGGUAACCUCAGAAAGCUUGGCCGGUGGAUCAAGGGCCGUGAGGUGGAUCAAAAGAGUGUUGUCCUGGUCAGGGAAGGGUUGGUUGCUGGCAACAGGCAGCAGGCUCUGGAGUUCAUCCGAGCCCAUUGGCAGAGCCUUUGGGCGCAGCAGAGAGAACGGCGGCAGGACCCUUCUGCUGUGGCGGCGACUCUGCUCGAGGGCUUCCCUGAGGGCCAGAGGCGGCAAGUUCAGUGGCAGCAGGUUACUGCUGAGCACAUGCAGAGGGCCUUUUCACAGGUCCAGGGCAGUGCUGGGCCAGACGGCUGGACGGCGGCGGAAGUCAAGCACUUUCCUGCCCCUUGUGUGGCCUUGAUGCAUCAGCUUAGCUUGCGUUGGUUGCAGGCGGGUCGUCUCCCACGACAGUUGCGAGAGGUCAGAAUGGUGAAUCUGCCUAAAUCGCAAAAGAUCAAGGCUGACCACACCUUGGAGGCUGGGCAUACCAGGCCGAUAAGCGUGGCUUCGGUCUAUUGGCGGAUUUUCGCCAAAGCUUGUCUCACAGGCAGUGGUAUGCUUGAGUGGGGGAUGCGCAACCUUCACCCUGACGUUGCGGGAGUUGCAGGGACCUUGGGCUCGGAGGCUGCUGCUGCCGAGCUCCUCGACAGCUUCCGUCGUGGUAAGAAUGCCUACCUUGGCAGCUUGGACUGGAGUGCUGCCUACGACCACCUCAGCCCUGCAGCGAACAAGCUCUUCUUGCAGGGCCUGGG